AUGGUGCUGCAGUGCCUAGAGGCGCUCGCCUUUUUGCACAGCAUGAAGGUCGCCCAUCGAGACGCGUUCAAAGACAACUUCCUCGUCCAGUGGCACCCGGGAUCUCUCGCCACCAACCAACGCGCGACAUCGCGCCCCCGCGUCUUGCUCACUUUGUUCGUCCAGACAAGUUGA